CCUCGUGUCAACCAGCGAAAUAAAAUGGAGAAUUUCGUGUGAUUGUUGUUUUGCACAACAUAAAUCUCGCGUGCGGGUUGUCAAAAGUUUGUGUAUUUCGAUUUUUUAAAACCGGUCGAAAAGUGCGCUAAAGUGGCCCGGAACUCGGCCGGAACGCGACGGACUUGGUGCGGACCGGAACCGAUCGGGGAUUGGCUUACAAACGCCGUAGGAAAAAAGUGAAUUUGGCGGAGUUUGAUUUCUCGUUUUGGGGCCUACCUCUGAAAGAAGCAAAUCGCCACCAAGAGGCUUGCUUGGUUAAUGCUCUUCUGCUUUUGGCGGUGGGAGUGAAAAGGAAGGCUUCUCAAGAAUCCGGGAAAAUGCGGUUCUACCUGCUGUGACGGAAGACGGAAUUGCUGUUUUGCUCUGAGUCCAUUAUUACAUCACAGUGCAGAGGAUGCGAUUGGCAUCAUAGGUGUUUCGGAAGACUGAAUGGGAAUCGGCGCGAUAGUUGAAAUGCUUCCAGUUUCGGUUGUCGUUUUGGCGGUGGAAUGGGAAUGAGAUCGAACUCAAAUUGACGUGAGUGAGUGAGAAGGAUAAAGAGGGAUGUCUCAUCUAACGCAUCUUUGAUUCCUGAUUAUCUACCAUAAACGAAAGUGCAAUGUAUGAAAGACAUAGCUUAAGGAUGCCUAAUGCAAGUGCAGUGCGUAAAAGUUGAUUGAAAUAGACAUACAAGUUUUCAUACCCCGUAUCUCGAAAAGUGUUGCAAAUAUUCAAGAAAUAAUCCAAACGAACAGUCCGCGUCUGAAUUGGUGGAUGGGUAGUGGAUUUUGACAGACCGCGGACCAGAAUGAAGGAGAUGGUCGGUGGUUGCUGUGUUUGCUCCGAUGAUCGGGGAUGGUCGGAGAACCCUCUGGUCUAUUGCGACGGUCAAAGCUGUGCGGUGGCCGUUCAUCAGGCGUGCUACGGAAUUGUGACGGUCCCGAGUGGGCCUUGGUACUGCCGGAAGUGUGAAAGUCAAGAACGAUCUGCUCGAGUGCGGUGCGAGUUGUGUCCCUCGCGAGAUGGCGCCCUCAAGCGAACCGAUAACCUAGGCUGGGCUCAUGUGGUCUGCGCAUUGUACAUUCCGGAGGUGCGAUUCGGGAACGUGACCACAAUGGAACCCAUCAUAUUGCAGUUGAUUCCGCAAGAACGGUAUAACAAAACAUGCUACAUUUGUCAGGAAAUGGGAAAAGGUUCCCGAUCGACGGCGGGCGCUUGUAUGCAGUGCAACAAAUCCGGCUGCAAGCAGCAGUUCCACGUGACGUGCGCCCAACAGCUGGGGCUACUCUGCGAAGAAGCUGGCAACUACUUGGACAAUGUCAAGUAUUGCGGCUACUGUCAGCAUCAUUACAGUAAAUUGAAAAAGGGCGGCAACGUCAAAACAAUUCCACCGUACAAACCUAUCAGCCACGAAACUAACUCCAGCGAUGGGCCGUCGUCGCCUGAGAAAGAACUUGAACCUCCCGUCACCCAACAACACCCCGGUAGUGGAGGCGGUAUGGGUGGCAGUGGAAGUAGCGGGAUGAAGUCUAACAAUCGCCUCCCAGAACCUCCAGGAGGUUCCUCUUCGGCGUCAUCAUCAUCCAAGCAGAGGAAGUCAUCUAGCGCAUCGAAGGGUUCGACUAGUUCCGCUUCCACGUCGGUAUCUUCCGCCACAGUCGUCAGCACGAUCAGUGGAAGCAACAGCAUGGUCAGUCAAUCGGGCACCUCUACUGGAACAGCAGGAAUCUCUAGCGUGAACUCUGGAACCCCCAGUAGUAGUGCCCUAGGAGUACCCACCGGAAAAACGAGUUCAUCCUCUUCUAGCACCAGCAGCAAUAAGGAUAAGGAUAAAUAUAGCAAAAAUGUAAAUAAGGUAUCCAGUACAAACAAAAGUCACGACAAAGAGCCAUCCUCAUCCACGUCAUCGACAUCUUCUUCGCAAAGGGACAAGAGCUCCAAGUCGUCUAAAUCUGGCGGCACCAUUGGAAGCACUGGAAGCAGUAGCAGUACUUCAGGUGGUCUAGUAUCGUCAGUUGGCAAUGUGGCGAGUUCCAGUUCUACCCUGGGAGCAGCUUUCCCUAAAGAAAACGACUUUGCAUCGCUAUCGGCGGCCAAUUCUGCUGCGUCAACGAUGCCUUCUAGUUCAAUCAAGCAACAGGAAGCCGUAACAAGCAGAUCCGAUAAAACAUUAGCUCAAAUUUCCUCGGCCGCUGCAUCUUCAGCUCGCACUUCAUCCCUCUCGCCUGCUGACAUUCCCACAACACUCAUCAUCAAACCUCCUCACGACCAUACGGGUAGCAACAAAGACCUUCUGUCGAAAGAAGCCAUCGCCAAGUUCACCACGUCCAACUUCACUGAAACUAUCGUCGUCAAUUCGGAUUCGGUGUUCGGAAGCAGUAGCACAACAACCAACACUAGUGGUAUCAGUACUUCAAAUGCUGGCUCUACUACAGUAUCAACGGCCAACAUGUCGAACACUAUGGGCUCAUCCUCUGGUCCAACUUCAGUGAUCGAAACGGGAGCCAGUAAUACUGCCAACAAAGUCAACGUGUCCGCAGGCAGCUCGUAUUCCGGUGCCGGAUCGAGCGUAGCUAAGAAGAGAAAAGCCGAUGCAAGAUCUACGCCAACUUCUAUAUCCAACCUUGAUAUCGACAUCAACCGUCCCUCCCAUUUCAGUGACUUGAUCAAGGAUGUCGCAGUCUCGCUUGUGCCAUUGCCACUGAACAAGAACGAUAACAUAGAUCCGGCUGCAUUGAGUAGCAUCGAGAAAAAUAUCAAAAAGACAAGACGAACUUCGCAAGUUGAGCGACUUGAAAAGCCCACAAAAAAGAAAGGGAAAAGUAAGCCCAAGCCUAGACGAACUUCGCGAGUUGAAAAGCCGGCAAAGAAGAAAGGGAAAAAUAAGUCUAAGGCUAAAACGGAACCGAGUUCUCCUCAUCAGCCAACCAGUGGUGACCCGAACAUACAAAACGUUAGUCCCAAUCUGAUUCAGUCCCACACAUCGAACAUCAUCUCAUCUUCUGCAAAACAUCAGCAGCAGCCGAAUUCACCACAGCUUCAGCCGCAAACACAGCAACAGCAGCAGCAACAACAACAGCAACAGCAGCAAGGCCAACAGCAUACGCCUAGUCUUGUGGUAUCAGUUCCCUUGUCGACAGCUACCGUACCUGGUGUAAAUUUACCUGCCAAUAAUAGUGGUGGUGGUGGUGGUAACAGUAGCAAUAGCUCUACUAGCGCAAGUAAUAAUGCUCCCAACAGUAGUAGCGGCAUCAGCAACACAUCGACCAUCGUGUCGCCGGGCCAGAUGCCGCCAGGAUCUAGUCUGUACCAACAGCUAACACAGCGAAAUAGCGAUCAACUAAUGAAUGUAACCCCAAACCGAGCGAGUCCGGUGAUACAACAGCAGUCUAGCUCGUCGUCGAGUCACGUAAUACAAAAUCCUGCCCACUCGAUGCUGGAACGUCAGUCACCGUCAAUGCGAUCAUCCCCUGCCAUCAUUUCUAGCGCUGGUUCGCACCUACCACAACAACCGCAGCAUGUUUUCUCGAGCGGAGGGCUGGAACUGACCGCCAGCAGUCUCUCGUCCAAUGUGUCCGUACUACAAAGUGUCUCGCCCGUGCCGAUGAGUGCCAUACAGAGUACCUCAUCGUCGCCCAUCAUACCGGGAGGUGGCGACGGUGGUCUCAAGAUUUCGUUCGAGAAACAAGUUUCGGUUUCGCGGAUAACGGCCCUCCAGGAAGAGGAACUAUCCGGCAGGAGAUCGAGAUCGCAAUCAAGAGAUCGUGGUGGUGGUACCGGAAACGGAGGCAGCGCUGGUGGUGGCAAAACGCGUACAUCUAAGAAACGCUCUAUGCAGCAUCAUCAGCAGCCGCAGCGGUCUUCACCUUCGACCGCCACAGGCCCAUCAACCACUUCCUCUUCCUCGACCGCAAGCAGUGCAAUCUAUGCUAAUGAAUCCACCACCAGCACCACCGCCAAUCGUAGCUCGACGCCUAGCAAUAGUCACAGCAGUAGCCAUCUGAAUGCUAGUAACAAUAACCAGCUUAAUCCUAACAGUAGUUCCAGUAAUUCUAGUCAUACUAACCCGGCCAAUGGUAAUGGUAGUAACAGUUUGCUGCCGACGUCGGUCGGCGAACCGCCUAUUCAACCCCAUGCGGAAAAGUUGUUGUCCCAAGUAGCUUCUUCUGCCUCGAACACCGCAAAUACAUCCGCUUCCAAUUUUUCGUCCCUUACGACUUCCGCUAUCACUUCCGGUACUCAUGUCAUUGAAACGGUCGGCAUGGUGUCUGUAUCUAAUUUCCAAAGCAACCAAGCUACUACCGGCGGUCAAUCACAACCCCAUUUGGCAACAGGUGGCGGCACCGGUACCGGUAAUACCAACCAAACCGGCAGCAACAAUAGUAGUAGUCUUACUGCCGGCACCAGCACAGAACACGGUCACGGCACUCCCAGUAGCAAUAACACCAGUAGUAACAGUAAUAACGCUGUGGUGGUCACACACACCAGCAAGAAGCUAAGAUCGUCGCAACCAUCGGCUGAAAUACCCUCGCCAUCUAAUUCCAGAACACCAGAUAAUAGCUUCGGUUCCAGUUCUUCAUUCGGCGGCGGAGGAGGACUCAAAUUCUCCUACGAAGCGCAACCCGGAACCAAUCCAACAAGCAUUGGCGCAACGUCGACCAUUAUCACAUCGCAAGCAAUGGUCAAAGAAUCUCCGCCCAGUUCACCGGGUUCCGAUUCAGGCAUGGCGAGAAGCAACAAACGCAAUCGAAAGUUGUCGACGAACUCAAAUGCAGCUCUCGGAGCUCCUGAAGCCAAGGAGAGCAAACUAUUCCAGAAUGGAGUUGUACACGCUACCCACAUGUUAGGUAAUCAACUGAAUCCGAACAGUAGCGUAGCGCAGAAGAUGUCCGAUCAGUUGAGCAUGGAGCUAGAAACGCAUUCGUUUGUCGAAACGGCGCCACAAAUCGUGGGACCUCCCUUCCCAGGCAAAAGUCAAGCGGCAAGAAGCAGUACCAGUGCGCCGGUAGCCAGUGGGCCUUCGCUGAGUUCGAUGCUUGCCGGGGGAGGCACAGCCACUGCCAAUGGCAAUACACCUCAGAGUUUGGAACAGCUGCUGGAACGGCAAUGGGAACAAGGAUCUCAAUUUCUAAUGGAACAAGCUCAACACUUUGACAUUGCGUCACUGUUGUCCUGUCUACAUCAACUUCGAAGCGAAAACAUUCGGCUAGAAGACCACGUUAACAACCUAGUAGCAAGGCGGGACCAUCUGCUAGCUGUGAAUGCCCGAUUGGCCAUCCCUCUGAACCCCACAGCGAUGAGUGGUAUUGGACUUGGUGGUGGCGGCGGUGCCGGUAGUAGUAGUGGUGGAGGAGGAGGGGGUGGCCCGGGUAACACUGGAGGUCCCGGUUCUGCGAGCGGAAGUGGACUUGGUUCUGCUGGAUCUCAAGGUCAAUUUAAUAAUAUGCACGGCAAUGGACCACACGAAUCUGCAGGCAGCAGCUCGUCUAAUCCCUCUGUUUCGAGUAGAAGUAGUCGAAUUCAGCAACAUCAAUCCCAACAGCAGCAAGCACAGCCACAUUUCAGCAGUAGCACUGGCAACCAAAUACCACUGGAAAAUGGUAUUGACUUCCGGCAUUCAAAUUCCUCCCACCAAAACACCUCAAGUUCGUCAAUAAGACAUCACUCUCCAUCGAACCAAUCUUGUCCGCCUCCAUCGAACUCAUCUAGUCGUCAGCCAUCGUCAUCAUCCAGUAGUGGUGUAUCUUCAGAACAACCUGCCUCACAUUCCCGUUCAAGCCGUGGCAGCAGUGCUAAUAACACCAGUGGAAACAACGCAACAUCGUCCUCAGUUUAUCAGGCGCAGCAGCAAACGAUUUACAACACCGCACACCAGAUUCCACUCUUGUUGGAGCACCACCAACAGGAGCACCAUUCCCAACAGCAACAGCAAUCGCAACAAGCGCAUCACCUACGGCAAACAUCUCCAACCGUCUCGUCACGUUCCCACCAGUCUCACUCGGCACGUGCAGCAGGCGGCAAUCCAUCUGCCUCGUCACAUUCCCACCAUCCUGGUCCACAUUCCCAUCACCACCCCUCGUUGGUCUCCGCACCUCAACGGCAGCGACAUUAGGUCAGGCUAGUCUUUGUAAGUAGUAAGCUUUGAGGAAAUCUAACGGUGAAUGACAGUAUGGCACCCUUAUUUAAGUACAAAUUGAUCAUAAACACUGAACCGCACGCCACGAAAGUAAAGAAAAAGAGCACACCGAUGCUACACUGAAA